AUGUCUGCGUCAAUUUCUGUUGUUGAUCAGUCAAAAGUUAGUGAAGACAUCAAUAAAACCGAAAACUUUAAUAGCAACAACACUGCUAAUUCUACUAAGCCGCCGCAUGGAAUUAAUCUUAAAGUUAUAUUUCAUCCUGGUUUACACGUGGAUCACAGUGGGAAAUAUGGGAAUAGGAAAGUGUACCGUUUAAACGGUCAAGUAGGGCCUCAUGAAUCUCCAAUUAUAUUGACGGAUCCAAGAUUGACUACCACGCAGAGGAAGCCUCGACUGAGGCAAGAGUCAAAGCAGGAACUGGAAUUAACGGAAUUUCUGUAUGAUAAAAAUUCACGCGGUCCUCCACCACCCACAUCAAUUCUCCUCUCUAACCUACCGGUGAUGAAAGAAAGCACAAUCAAGGCCAUGCUUGGCGAGGAUUACAUAAGGGAAAAUCCGAGAACUGCUGCACGGAGGGCUGUCGAAAAAGGAAAUGGACGGCGCAUUGGUAGUAACAAUGUAGUGGUUGAAUUUGACCCAGAUGAAAUUACAUCAUCUUCACAUAAUAAUAAUGAUGACAUGGAGAUUGGCGACGCGCCGAUACCUCCAUCAAUACCACAACUGUCACCUCCAUCUUAUCCAUACAUAAAACCCUCUUCAGCUGUGCUUCCCAUCCAAAGAAUGAACGGACCACCCCCUUCUUUAUAUCCUAAUACAAGGCCGGUAGUUAAUGACUUUAAAGCGCCCUACUCAUAUCCUGAUGACGAGAAAGAGGAUGGUGAAAUUGAUCCAUACUAUGAUGAUGAUGGAAGACAUGAUCGAUAUCACGAGAAGAUGAUCUGCAUAUAUCCGAUGAAUGAUGAUUGGUCUCGUGACAGCAACUAUAAACACCCACCGCCGCUGCCACCUCCUGCCAAUCGAAGUCGAAAUCCAUCAGAACCUAGUUUUAGUCGAAAUGGAAGUCGUAGCAGCAGUAGAACAAGAGGAUCUUUUAAUAAACGUGCUAAAGAGAAAGGCAUUAAGCAUUACAAUAGCUUCGACACAUCCAAUAAACCUUCUUGGUUAGUGACCAUAUCACAUUCGAGUCUACCUUAUUAUAAGGCGAAGAUAGUGGAUCUAAAACGUCAUUUUAGAUCCUAUAGUUUUGAGAGAAUAACUCAAGAUGAUAAAGAAUGGUGUGUUUAUUUCACAUCAGAAUCCCAGGCUCGUCGUUUUUUUAAAGAAAAUAACAAGAAACGGUUGUUUGAUUGUGAAAUCCACUUGAACCUUUACCAUCAAAACAAAAAACUCGACGAUUCAUCUUCAUCAUCUCACCAUAGUCGAGAGAAACAGAGCAAAAGUAGUAUUUCGGUAUCAUUAUUGUCAUCACACAACAAUGACGACAAUAUACAAAAAAGAGAAGAACAAUCUUUUAACAAUGCUCCUAUUCCACCGCCGCAUCAACUGACAGACAUGUCUCAGAUUUUGCAGCAGUCCACUAAAAUACUCGUUGGCGAAUUAUCCAAGGUUUUUCAAAAGGAUAUAAAGAAUAAGGUUGUCGGCAAAUUCAUCUUUGAUUUUCUCACACCAAAGAUCCAAGAGCGAAAACAGCAGCGACUGGCAAAAUUAAAAUCCAAGAACGAGGAGAAAAAGCAACAACCGGAAAUAGGUGCUAGAGAAUUAUCUGAACUUGGGCCUUUCAAAUCAAAAUAUACAAUGUUGCAUUCUGCAAAGCUGCCCUCGAAAUCGAAUGGGAAUGGAUUGCGGGAUUAUAAUUUGAAAUUCCGAAAGAGUGAUAGUGAUUUCCGAGAUCGAAGGUCUAGUUAUAAUAAAGACCAAAAGCAGUCUUCAUCUAAACCUACCAUUAGUAGCAUAAAUAGCAAUAAAAGACAGCAUCCGAGCUCUAAAUACGACAACAGCCGGUCUAACAAAAAGAUUAAGGGCAGAAAAUCUCCUCUACCAACUUUUGAAUUCACAGAUUCUGAGAGCGAAGACAAACAAGGAGAAAAGAGUGAAGAUCUAGCCACUUGUUCCAAUAAGCAAGAAGUGUCAUCCAGCUCUGAAGAAGGAGAGAUACAUACAGAUGAUGAACUAUUUCCAGAAAAUCAAAAAUCUCCACCCCCUAAACAAGAGUUACUCGAAAAACCUAAACAUGCGCCUCUUAAAGUCGAAAAACCACAUCAUCAACAACAAAGAUUACGUGAUUAUUUAAGCGAGGAUGAUGACUCGGAUCCUAACGAUUUUCUAGAAGAGUUCAAUAAACAUGAAUCUCAACGAGAACAAGAGAAUCAUUCUCCUGCUAAUGAAGAUUUAAUGGAUGUCGACAAAAGUGAAUUUUUGACUGAUGAUAUCAUCAAUAAAGUAGAUCGUCUGCCGAAGAGAAAAAAGAGACGUUUAUCGAAUCAGUCUUCAAAGACAAUAAAGCGGCUUACCAAAAGUAUUGAUUUCACCAGCAGCGAGAGUGAGGAGGAACCUGAAUUAAAACACAAGAAUGACACUGCUGUUAAGUCUACCAAGAAAAUCAUUAUUCCUAUGGUCAAAGUCAAUAAGGAUAACAUUAAUAAUAUUAAGAAGGAACAACCGCAGAAACAAGUUUCAGAAACAAAACCAAAAACAUUAGUUAUUACAUAUACUGGUAGUGGUAAUAAUUCUAGAAGAAAAUCUUUAAUACAUCUGGACAAUAUAUCAAUAAUUCCUCCCAUUAAAUCAGAAGAGAAUAAUGAGCCAACUUUAGUGCUUACCGAUAUUACUGAUGAGAGUGAAAAGAAUAGCUCAGAAAGUGAUCUUGAGGAUAGAGAAGAAAUCAAUUCUGAGCGUCAGGAUGAUGAUAAAGCUAACUCAGCAAGUAGUGACAAUGAAGAUGACGAUACUGUUGCAAUCGGUUAUGCUUCUGAUAAUGAAGCCGACAUUGAAUUUACAGAUACAUUAGAAGCCGCAGUUCCAAUGAGCAUAGAUCCAUACGAAUCGGUUGAGGAAUCUGAUUUCGAUGAAGAAGAAGCUGAAGAACCUUCAUCGCCUGGUGAAGUCUUUGACGAAGAGGAUUUUACAUUCUUAGAAAUAGUUGUCAAGGAAUUUGAACAAGAUCCUGCCAUAUAUACCAAUGAUUCUAUGGGAGAGAUCAAUUAUGAUGCCAUCGAUCGCUAUUACAAAAAACGCAAACAAGAAAUUGCUGCCAGCAAGCUUCCGGGUCAAAAUCCAACAGGCUGUGCACGAACCGAAGGUUACAAAAGGAUCUCCGAAGACCAAAAAUUACGAAACAUGAUCAAUAACACCAAAAAACCGAUGGUCACCAACUCUUCUUCCUCUUCACCCUCACUCCCCCUCAUAUCACCGCCAACCGUCACCUCACGUGAAAACCGUAUGAAAAACCGCGGUAUCCUCGCAAACAUGCAACAGUACAAUCGUGAAACCGCCAAAGGCGAUGUUGACGACGUGAUGCGCUUCAACCAAAUGAAAGGCCGAACUAAGCAACUCAAAUUCGCUAAAUCUAGUAUUCAUUCAAUGGGUCUCUUUACCAAAGAACGGAUCGAUGCUAAUGACAUGGUUAUCGAAUACAUUGGUGAAGUCAUUAGGCAGUCUGUCGCUGAUCAUCGGGAACGGAGGUAG